AUGAAUCUGAAUCCAACCUUCCAGUGCUUGCUCUUGGGCUUGCUGCUUCUGUUUCUGCUGCGACAGGGCUGCGGGAUCAAGUUCACGCUGCUCCACACGAACGACAUGCACUCGUGGUUCGAUCCGCAGUCGGAGAGCGGUGGCAAGUGCCUGAUGGCGGAGGAUGAUGAGGGACACUGCUUCGGGGGCUUUGGGCGCGUGGCCACGGCUGUCUCGGAGGCCAGGAAGGCGGGAUCGGUGAUCUACUUGAAUGGCGGCGACUCGUUCCAGGGCACACCCUGGUACACAAUCUACAAGGGGACACUGGUGGCCCAGCUGCUGAACUUACUCUCCCCCGAUGCCAUGGCGCUGGGUAGCCACGAGUUCGAUGAUGGCGUCGAUGGUCUGCUGUCCUUUCUGGAGCUGGUCAAGUUCCCCGUGUUGGCCUGCAAUCUGGAUCUGCGGAAGGUGCCCAAGCUGCAGACGACGAAGCAGUUGCUUCGCUCAACGAUCAUCAGCAAGCUGCAGGCAAAGAUCGGUGUUGUGGGCUAUGUACGGCCCGACACCAAGGACCGUGUCCAGCCCAAUGAUGUGGAAUUCACCAACGAGAUAUUCGCCAUUAACACAGAGACAAAGAAGCUGCUGGAACAGGGCGCUACCAUCAUCAUAGCUCUGGGACAUGCCGGCUUCGAGAGGGACAAGGAGAUAGCCAGGGACUGUCCGGAUGUGGACAUCGUUGUGGGCGGCCAAUCGCACACGUUCCUCUACACGGGCGAGCCCCCAAGCAGGGAGCUGCCCGAGGAUCCCUAUCCCACCAUCAUCUUCAAGCCGGACGGGAUCAAGGUGCUCGUACUCCAGGCAUAUGCCUUCACCAAGUAUCUGGGGUGGAUUGAUCUUGAGUUCGACAAUGGCGGCAACAUGUUGAGCUUCAGGGGCAAUCCCAUUCUGCUGGACAAGUCAGUACAUCCACGUCGGGAUGUCCAGGAGCUGUUGGACACAAAGCGCAAGGUUAUCGACGACAUGGAGAGCCACGUGGUGGGCACUACCAUGGUGUACCUGAACGGAGAUCGGACCAGCUGCAGCUUGGGCGAGUGCAACUUUGGCAACUUCAUCGCGGACAGCCUGGUCUAUGCCCGAGUGCUGGAGCAGCCAGGUCAGGCGGGUCAGCGGAAGUCCUGGACAGACGCUGCCAUAGGGUUGAUGAAUUCCGGAGGGAUUCGCGCUUCCAUCGAUCCGGGCCAGACGGGUGCCAUCACGGAGGCGGAUGUGAUGACGGUGCUGCCCUUCGACAGCGACCUGUACUACACCCGCAUUAGUGGCAAUCACCUGAUGAAGGCCCUGGAACACUCCGCCGAUCAGCGAGACACGGAGUCGGGUGCGGGCUACCUACAGGUGGCCGGACUGCAUCUCACAUUCAACUACAACCGGAGCAAGGGCCAGCGCAUCUCGUCGAUACGCGCCAGGUGUGCCCACUGUCAGAUCCCCUUCUACGAGUCCGUCGACAGGGAAAAGUACUACGGUGUGAUUGUGUCCUCGUUCCUGCUGUCUGGCGGCGAUGGCCACAACUUUGUGGAUCCCGAUCGGCCAGAGUUCUCGAAGCUGCUGAUGAAUGAUCGCGAGGCGCUGAUCAGGUAUCUGCAGGAGCACAAGAUCGUCUACCCAGAGCGCGAGGAUCGCAUCAUCAGUGUGGAGAAGAAAUCGUCCUGCUGCAACAGGAUUCUGGCAAGGCUUUGGCUCAUUUACAUUUACAUUAUCUACUCAUGUACGACUGUUCUUCUGCUGUAG